GCGACAUGAAGGCAUCCAUGAAAAGGUAAUGGAAAUUCUGCACGAAAAGUGCGAGGUAUUGGCGUGUUUUCAGCGUGAACUUCAACGCCGCAGCGUCUCCCUUUGACUGAAUCCACCCAGUUCUAGCGUUGUCCAGGGCUGCAUUUGAUUAUUUCGACUUCAGCUUAUCGAUUCAGCAUGUGGGUUCCUCUUUGAUUCCGCCGUGUGCUUCGAUUACGUCUUGCAUUGGGCGCUUGUGGCACGGCAGGGCAGAGUGGGUUUGGCUCUGGAUGGAUUGGAGGCUGCAGGAGGAGCUCAGGAAUGUGGAUGUCAAGGUGCGGAAAUUCCUUGCGGGAGGUUGGCGAAGUGUUGGGUAGCAUUGACAGAGAGGGGUAGAGAAGCGCAAGGUGAUUGGACCGAGCAGGUGGGAUGAGCCAGACCGAGAAUGGGGCGAGGAGAAGGAGCAAUAGGCGAGGCGUGGGUAGAGAGAUGGAGGACGAAGAGGAAGGUCCUGUGCUGCGAGCCAAAGUGAAGCACCUUGCUCAGCUCGUGCGAGAGUCCAAGUAUGCCGUGGUGUACACAGGAGCAGGCAUUUCUACAGCAGCAGGUAUUCCGGAUUUUCGUGGCCCAUCCGGUGUCUGGACCCUUCAAGCCAAGGGUAAAGUAGUUGCCGAACCAGACUUCACCAAGCUAAAUCCAACGUUGACCCACUAUGUUUUGAGAAGUUUCAUAGAGAGAGGCCACUUCCAUUAUAUUGUUACACAAAAUAUUGACAGUUUGCAUCUCCGAAGUGGUGUACCAUCAGAAAAGCAAAGUGAGCUUCAUGGGAAUUACUCUUUGGAAACCUGUCCACUUUGUGAUGCCCGUUACUUUAGAUCACAUGCAGUGUGGAAAGGGUUGACAACUCCCACCAAAAAUCCUUCAACAGCUCGUAAGGACUUGAGGCAAGGCUCGACACAGGGUGAUGAUAAGCCACAGAGGUCCAACAAGAGGCAAGUGCGCAAUAUCGAUCAUAGAACCGGGCGUUUAUGUGAAGCCGACGGCUGCGCAGGAGAGCUAGAGAGCUCGGUGGUUCUCUUUGGAGAAAGCUUGCCGGCGAAAGAAGUGAACUCAGCUUGGGACCAUACAUACAAGGCUGAUCUUGCGCUUGUUCUGGGGUCCAGUUUGAAAGUAGGACCUGCUUGUGACAUGCCUGCACAAGUGGGCAAGAACGGCGGAAAACUUGUUAUUGUUAAUUUACAGCAUACGCCGUUUGAUGGACGAGCUUCUCUGGUGAUUCAUGCGCGUUGUGACGAUGUCUUACGAUUACUUGCUGAGGAACUAGACCUUUCAGAACAGAACCCAUCACUUGUCUCCUCAAACCGGGCUCUGGAACAUGACGUAGGUGUGCAUGAAGACAUGUCUUCUGAAUGUUAUGACCAGAAACUCGAAGAAUUUGAACGGAGUUUUAUGGUGCAAACGACAAGUUUUGCUCCUCGCACUUAGCGUCCUCACUUUCUACUAUUUAUAACUUAGUUUUAUACCACAGCUUAAACUUACAUUGGUAGUGUAGAGUACUGUGCCGACCAUUGUGAAACACAUCACUUAUUUCAGGAUGUUUCACAUGUAAAUUACAUGUUGCGAGAACAAAUGGUUAGUGUUCUGAAGAAUUGAUUUACUUAGGAAUUUUUUCAAUGUAUCACUAUUAUGUUCAGUGCUUCACAAUCAAUGUCGGUCCACUUUGUGCGAUACUCAUAA